UUGUGGAGUUUUCAUUGUGCUCAAAGAUUCAGUAUACACAAGAAUCAGACUCACUGACUGCAAAUAUUUCUAUCAAUGGCGUCCUCUGUGGUGACGUCAGGUUCUUUGGUAAUUCUCGAAGAACUCAUACCAUCUUCUCCUCUUUUUCACCAUGGGGCUUCUCUUCGCGUUACUGGAAGGCUCGAAUGAAAUAAAAAAGACCCACUAUUUUAACCUAUGUGGACCUUUUAGUGGGUGAAAGAGAAUAGCUUGGAUCCAACAAUGAUAACGUGUGGAAGAUGAGUGAAAAACAGAGAAUGAACAAAAGAACAACAAACAAUCAACGCGACAUGUUUAUGAGGUUAUUGGAAUAUUCUGUGGAGAGCGCUAUGGCUGUUAUUGCUGAUGGAAAUGCGACGCUUAAGAUUGACACACAGCACUUGAAACUAAGCUAUCGAGUGGACUCCAUCUAUCAGUUUAUAGGAGAGCUCUACUUUGAAGUUGAAAAUCAGCCAAUACUAAAGGCACGGGUUGGUAGGAAUGUCGAUGGCUUGGACCUUAAUCUAUACCGUCAAUCCUUGCGCCUCUUGAAAGAGUUUCAGGCUGAGCAAGCUUGUAGCUGAAGAAGCUUGUGAUAGAAAUUUCAACUUAAAGGUAGUUCUUUAUUCGCGUAUGCAGUGAUGACUGAGCCGUGAGCACUCACAUUUGACACCUGCAAAUAUGCAAGUGCAACUGAGCUAUAUCUUAUUCCUUCUGUCCCAUUGAAAUAGCCCCUGAUAGUGACAUAUUGUAAAGGAAAAUGUCACUAUCGGGGGCAAAUUCAAUGGGACAGAGGGGGUAGUUAGUACCUUUUAUCACCAUAUAGUUUUAUCUUUCUUAUUAGGUUUCUUUAAAAUGUAGUAUGCACUCAAACCAAAAGUGUUAGAAGUAUAUUGCUAGUCAAAUUUCCUAAUGAAUGUUGGAUGAGGUUUUCAUGUGGUCUUGUUUUGUCAAUUGAACUGUAUUGAUUUAUCUGUAUUGGGCAUACUUGAGCGCUGCUUCGUCGAUGAAAGUUAUUUGAAGUGUGGUUAAGUUUGUUCUUCGCUAUUCUAUUCUUUGAUUAUGUGAAACAAGCUUCCCGAUUGGAUGUUCAAUUAAGUCGGGUCAUAUCAGGUUUAGGUCGUGCUGGCAAGUGUGUCCAUGCUGAAGAAAACACUUUUGGUUUAGUUCAGGCUUCGGCUAGUUCUUUUUCCAGUCAGUCAUUUCGGAUAGCUAUAGUUCUGUUUAUCUUCAUACUGUAUUUGUACCUCUUAAGCCAGGAUUCUCUGUUGCUUUGAGCUCGAGCUUGUGGAAGAAAGAUACGCGAGUAUUGGUCAAAAAAAUGUAUAAUGUAUGUUUCAUAAGUAAAUGUUAUGUUCUAUGAGCUGGAGCUUUGUGGAAGAGAGAUACGCGAGUAUUGGUCAAAAACCUAUAAUGUCUGUUUCAUCAGUUAUUAUGUGCUAGAAAUGCAUUGCAAAUGAAUGUCUGUGUAUAUUGUAUAAUGUUAAGUAUGCAACUAAAGUCUAUGAACACAUAAACAGCACAUAUUCUCUUGAACUUACUUUCAACUUUCAAGUAUAUAAACAAGUCCAGGAGAACAACUUAAUCUGAAACUGUGCUGGUCUUCUGCUAUCCAAUGUCAUUAAAAAAUAGGUUUGGACUUUUAGAAUUCAAAAAUUUUCAAAUGAAACGGUCUCAUUGUGAGACCAUAGUAAUGUUCAAUUACCUUCUUAAAUUGAUUAGUUUUAAUUAGUCUUAAAGUGAUUAUUUCUAAUAGUCUUAAAGUAAUCACUUAAGAUCAUUUACAAUCUUAAAGUAAUCAAUUAGAGAAAUAAACUUGGUUCCAUCUCAUGGUGAGAUGGUCUCAUACAAGACUUGUAGAGAUUACUUUUGGAUAGGCUAGGAAAUUAUGGGUUAAUUCAGCGGUUGAUGGUAUUUCCUUUCACCUUUUUAAGUGGUUACAUGGGUUUAGUUUCCACAACUUAGUAAAAAUUUAUCAUUUCUCCCCUUAUAUGUAGAGUCUCCCCUUAUUUGUAGGAAUUCUCUAGCUCAUAUUUGAAUUUAAAAAAAAAAAAAAAACUUUGUUUUUGUGUGAAUAGGCCAGUAUAUAAUUACUAAUGUUAAAUUGAUUUGAAUAGCAUAAAAAUAUUAUAUUCAUUUUCAGUUGGCUUUUAACAAAUUAAAUUUACUUAGAAAAAUAUCAAUAUUUAAUUAUCAAACUAAAUAUAGCUUUGAAUAACAAUACUAACCCUUAACUGUUAUUUAUGAAAAUUUACAAAAUACUAAAAUUCUUUCAAGUUUUGAAUCACAGUCACAACACAAAAUCUUAUGAAAAACUCAAUAUUUCACAAAGAAUAUCACACAGAUCAAAUAGUAUAAACAUAAAAUUUAAAUUAACUAUCAAACUAAAAACUCAAUAUUUCACAAAGAAUAUCACAAAGAAUAUCAGUUGGGUUGUCAAUGCGAGCAUUCGAUCAAUGGAGCAUCCUCGCAACACUUUUGCAGAAAUUUAGAAGCUCUAACGAUAAAAGUCUCUUUGAAAUGGGAUGCUCAGUUUGCAACAAACGAGAGUUCACCAUUCUUGACUUGUUGGUCGGAGCUCUUAUGGCCGGAAUAUCUGAUUCAAAUGUGCCAUUAUUUCAGGUCGUUAAUUGUGUAAAGAGAAGACCCAUCAAGAUUCAUCUUCAUACAUUCAUACAGCUUUGUUUGCUUUGUCUGACAAUGAUUCCACUGUAAAGAAGGCCUUGGAAGUAGACUGUUAGAGAAACAAGUUCGAGUUUCUAUCGAUAUUGUUGAAAGCUUGUUUAUCACUUGGUCAUGGAUGGAAAUUUCAGAAGCAGGAAUUCAAUCUGAUUUGUAUAACUAAAAUUACAAAAAUGAUGGAUCAUACAAUGCGCCAGGGGGUGUUAGUUUCAGUUUUCUAUAACUACAUUUUUAAAUAAUAAGCAGAGACGUAAACGGAUUUUAUGCCAGUAGGCAGUAACGCACCAGAAAAACAGCGGACUUUUAACAUCAAAUAUGCUCAAGGCCAUAAGCUCGUGGAAAAAC